CACCACCGCCGCCACCACCACCUACAUCAGCAGCAGCAGCAGCAUUAUGAGUCUCUAGUGUAGUUAUUUGAAAAGACCCGGACGACACCAAGCAGCAGGAGCAGCAGCUACAGCGGAGGAGCCGGCGAGCAGGGUGGACCUGGGUUGGAUUCCUAGCCACAGGAAGCCCAGAUCGAGCCAUGGGUGACGGCGGAGAGGGAGAGGAUGAGAUUCAAUUCUUGAGAACCGAUGACGAGGUGGUGCUGCAAUGCACGGCCUCGAAGCUCAAGGAGGCCGUCAAGGUGUGUCUGGCGGCGGAGGGCUUCGGAAACCGCCUCUGCUUCCUGGAGUCUACGACCAACUCCAGGAAUGUGCCUCCAGAUCUCUCCAUCUGCAUCUUCGUGCUGGAGCAGUCUCUGUCGGUGCGAGCCCUGCAGGAGAUGCUGGCCAGCAACGAGGACAAGAUGGAAGGGAAUGUUGACAUGGAGAAAUGGACGGCACAGGGAGGUGGACACAGGACGCUGCUGUACGGACACGCGAUCCUCCUGCGGCACUCCUACAGCGGGAUGUACUUGAGCUGCCUGUCGACGUCGAGGUCUUCGACAGACAAACUCGCGUUCGACGUCGGGCUCCAGCAAGACGCGUCAGGCGAGUCGUGCUGGUGGACAAUUCACCCGGCGUCCAAGCAGCGCUCGGAGGGAGAGAAGGUCCGGGUGGGAGACGACCUCAUCCUGGUCAGCGUCUCGUCGGAGCGCUACCUGCACCUCUCCUACGCCACGGGAGGCCUCAACGUGGACGCGUCGUUUCAACAAACGCUCUGGAAUGUCGCUCCGACGUCGUCCGGCAGCGAGAUCGCGCAGGGCUUUUUGAUUGGUGGGGACGUCUUGCGCCUCUUCCACGGUCACAUGGACGAGUGCCUCACCGUCCCGUCCGCCGACCUCCCCGAGGAGCAGCGAAGGUCGGUGCACUACGAAGCCGGCGCCGUGUGCUCUCACGCCCGCUCCCUGUGGCGCUUGGAGACUCUGCGAGUCAGCUGGAGCGGAAACCACGUGCGCUGGGGGCAGCCGUUCCGGCUCAAGCACAUUACGACCGGGAAAUACCUGGGCCUCACGGAGGACAAGACGCUGUGCCUGCAGGACCGCGAGAAGUCCGACGUCAAGUCCACCGCAUUCUGCUUCCGAAUUUCCAAGGAAAAGCUUGACUCUGGGCCCAAGCGCGAGAUCGAUGGGAUGGGGCCUCCGGAGAUCAAGUACGGGGACUCGGUGUGCUUCGUGCAGCACGUGGACAGCGGCCUGUGGCUCACGUACCAGGCUCCGGACUCCAAGACCGCCCGCCUGGGCAUCCUCAUCCGCAAGGCGAUAGUCCACCAGGAGGGACACAUGGACGAUGGGCUGACGCUGUCUCGCUCCCGGCCCGAAGACUCGCGCACGGCUCGAAUCAUCCGCAGCACCACCGCACUCUUCAACAGCUUCAACAGCGGGCUGGACGCGCUGCGAGCCAAAAACCGCCCGGUGCGCGUGGAGCUGCCCUUCGUCGCCAUCCGCCUGAGCCUCCAGGACCUCAUCGACUACUUCCAGCCACCGUCGGACAGCCUGGAGCACGAGGAGAAGCAGAUCCACCUGCGCUCGCUCAAGAAUCGGCAGAACCUCUUCCAGGAGGAGGGCAUGAUCACGCUGGUGCUCGAGUGCAUCGACCGCCUGAACCUCUACAACAGCGCGGCACACUUUGCCGAGACGGCGGGCGAGGAGGCGGGAGAUUCGUGGAAGGAAAUCCUCAACUCCCUGUACGAGCUGCUCGCUGCCCUCAUCCGGGGCAACCACGGCACCUGCGCGCAGUUCUCCAACUCCCUCGACUGGCUCAUCAGCAAGCUGGACCGGCUGGAGGCAUCUUCCGGUAUCCUGGAGGUGCUGCACUGUGUCUUGCUGGAGAGCCCCGAGGCUCUGAACAUCAUCAAGGAGGGACACAUCCGUUCCAUCAUCUCCCUGCUGGACAAGCACGGACGCAACCACAAGAUUCUGGACGUGCUCUACUCGCUGUGCGUGUGCAACGGCGUCGCCGUGAGAGCAAAUCAGAACCUCAUCUGCGACAACCUGCUCCCCGGCAGAGACCUGCUGCUGCAGACGCGGCUCGUCAACGACGUCACCAGCAUGCGCCCCAACAUCUACCUGGGCAUCUGCGAGGGCACGUCGCAGUACAAGAAGUGGUACUACGAGAUGGUGGUGGACUACGUGGAGCCGUUCGUCACCAACGAGCCGACGCACCUGCGCGUCGGCUGGGCCACGACGGAGGGCUAUGCUCCGUACCCUGGUGGCGGCGAGGGCUGGGGCGGCAACGGCGUGGGCGACGACCUCUACUCGUACGCCUUCGACGGCCUCCACCUGUGGUCCGGUCGCAUCGCCAAGCCCGUGGGCUCGCCGGGCCAGCACCUGCUGAGCGCGGAUGACGUGGUGAGCUGCUGCCUGGACCUCAGCAUCCCCAGCAUCUCGUUCCGUAUCAACGGGCACCCUGUGCAGGGCAUGUUCGAGAACUACAACACGGACGGGCUCUUCUUCCCCGUCGUCAGCUUCUCCGCUGGCAUCAAGGUGAGGUUCCUCCUGGGUGGCCGUCACGGCGACUUCCGCUUCCUGCCGCCGCUGGGCUACGCUCCCUGCUUCGAGGCGCUGCUGCCGCGGGAGCGCAUGCGCGUGGAGCCCAUCAAGGAGUACAAGCACGACCACGACGGCGUGCGCGACCUGCUGGGGCCCACCUUCUCGCUCAAGCAGGACGCCUUCACGCCCGUGCCCGUCGACACCACGCAGAUUGUGCUUCCCCCAAACCUGGAGCGCAUCCGAGACAAGCUGGCGGAGAACAUCCAUGAGCUGUGGGCUACGACCAAGAUCGAGAUCGGGUGGACCUACGCAACUGCCAGGGACGAUAACCGGCGCCUGCACCCGUGCCUCGUCGAUUUCCACAAGCUGCCCGAGCCGGAGCGCAACUACAACCUGCAGAUGUCCACCGAGACCCUCAAGACUCUGCUGGCGCUGGGGUGCCACGUGGGCAUGGGGGACGAGCAAGCCGAGUCGAAGCUCAAGCGCCUGCGGCUGCCCCGCAACUACUCCAUGGAGAGCGGCUACAAGCCGGCGCCCUUCGACCUCAACCACGUGAAGCUGACGGCCGGCCAGGAGGCCAUGGUGGACAAGCUGGCGGAGAACGCCCACAAUGUGUGGGCCCGCGACCGCAUCCGCCAGGGCUGGACCUACGGCAUCCAGCAGGACAUCAAGAACAAGCGCAACCCGCGACUCAUCCCGUACGCGCUGCUCGACGAGAGGACCAAGAAGUCGAACAAGGACAGCCUUCGCGAGGCCGUCCGCACGCUCAUCGGCUGCGGCUACGUCAUCGAGCCGCCCGACCAGGAUCCCGCGCUGCUGGCCGAGACCGCCGGGAGCAGCCACCCUGACAAGAUGCGGAUCUUCCGGGCGGAGAAGUCCUAUGCCGUGAUGGCGGGGAAGUGGUACUUUGAGUUCGAGGCGGUGACGGCCGGGGACAUGCGCGUGGGCUGGGCCCGGCCUGACGUGCCCUCGGGCCACGAGUUGGGGGCCGAUGCGGAGGCCUUCGUUUUCGACGGCUUCAGGGCCCAGCGAUGGCACCUGGGCAGCGAGCACUUUGGCAGAGACUGGCAGUGUGGAGAUAUCGUGGGCUGCCUCAUCGACCUCAACGACCGGUGCAUGAUGUUCACCAUCAACGGCGAGGUGCUCCUCAACGACUCGGGCUCCGAGCUCGCCUUCCGUGACUUCGAGAUCUCCGAAGGCUUCAUACCCGUGUGCAGCGUGGGGAUGAGCCAGGUGGGGAGGCUGAACUUCGGCCGCAACGCGGCGACGUUCAAGUUCUUCACCAUCUGCGGCCUGCAGGAGGGCUUCGAGCCGUUCGCCGUCAACAUGCACCGCGACGUGCCCAUGUGGUACACCAAGCGGCUGCCGCAGUUCCUGCCAGUGCAAGGCGACCACGAGCACUACGAGGUGACGCGGAUCGACGGGACGGUGGACAGCCCGCCGUGCCUCAAGGUCACCCACAGGACGUUCGGCACGCAGAACAGCAACAACGACCUGGUGUUCUUCCGCCUCAGCAUGCCCGUGGAGUGCUACGAGGACUACAAGCCGCAGCUUGCCGGCCACCUCAACUCGCUCAUGCAGGAGGAGGAGGUGGACAUCGACAUCGAUUCCGAGUUCGAGGUGCUCAAGAAGACGGCUGCGCGUGGGAACCUGAUCCAGCUGCCGUUCGGCUUUGCGUCGCCGCCGGGAGACAAGGACGCGGCGGCGGCGGCGGCUGCGGCGGCUGCCGCGUUGACCGGCGGGACUGCUUCUCCGCCGGUGGGGGCGGGAGGGGCUGGAGGAACGUCGGUGACGGGGUCGUCGCUCGCGCCGCCUACGCCGACCCCGACGGCCGAGUCGAGCGGUGGCAGCAGCAACAACAAGGACGCGGCGCAGGAGAAGACGUCGCGCCUCAAGCCUAAGUUCCUCAUGCGCCGGGGGAAAGUGUCUCAGGCGCAGGCGCCCGCGGCGCCGCCCAUGCCCGUGCACACGCGGCUGCAGGAGGAAGUGCUGCCCGACGACCGCGACGACAUGGAGACGCUCAUGAGGACCACGCUGUACUACUACUCCGUGAAGAUCUUCCCCGGCCAGGAGCCGACGGGCGUGUGGGUCGGCUGGGUGACGCCCGACUUCCACCAGUACGGGAAGACCUUCGACCUGGAGAAGGUGCGCAGCGUCAUGGUGACGCUCGGUGACGACAAGGGCAAGGUGAACACCAGCAUCAAGCGCAGCAACUGCUUCAUGGCGUGGUGCGGUGAGUUUGGGGGGCAGCAAGGCCAGGGGCGCAACAACAUCAGCAUCGACAUCGGCUGCCUCAUCGACAUCGGCAGCGGACUCCUCACGUUCUACGCCAAUGGAAAGGAGAUCCCCACCUACUAUCAGAUUGAGCCUGGCACCAAGGUCUUCCCGGCCGUGUUCGUGCAGCCCACGUGCACCAACAUGUUCCAGUUUGAGUUGGGCCGCAUCAAGAACGUGAUGCCGCUGUCGGCCGGCAUGUUCAAGAGCGAGCGCCAGCAUCCGACGCCGCAGUGCCCGCCGCGGCUCGACGUGCAGAUGCUCAUGCCGGUGCUGUGGAGCCGCACGCCCAACGAGUUCCUGCACGUGGAUGUGGCGCGCACGAGCGAGCGCGAGGGCUGGAUGGUGGAGUGCACCGAUCCGCUCGUCAUGAUGGCGCUGCACUUCCCCGAGGAGAACAGGUGCAUUGACAUCCUGGAACUCUCCGAGCGCAUGGACCUGCUCAAGUUCCAGUUCUACACCCUGAAGCUCUACUCGGCGCUGUGCGCCCUGGGCAACAGCCGCGUGUCGCACGCCCUCUGCAGCCACGUCGCCGAGAACCAGCUUCUCUACGCCAUCGAGUCCAAGUACAUUCCGGGCCUCCUGCGCAGCGGCUACUACGACCUGCUCAUCGACAUCCACCUGCAGACGUACUCGACGGUCCGCCUGAUGAUGAGCAACGAGUACAUCGUGCCCAUGACGGACGAGACGUGCAGCAUCACCCUGUUCCCCGACGAGAGCAAGCGGCACGGGCUGCCGGGCGUUGGGCUCACCACGUCGCUCCGCCCGCUCAUGUACUCGUCCGAGAUCAGCUUUGUCAAGUCGCUGGGCAGCGUGUACCAGCACAGCCCCGAAUUCCCGCUCGGCAUCCUCAAGGUGAAGACGCUGGACAUGCUGACGGAGGCCGUGCGUGACGGCGGCUGGCACAUCCGCGACCCCGUGGGCAGCAGCACGGAGUUCCUGUUCGUGCCGCUGCUCAAGCUCGUGUGCACGCUGCUCGUCAUGGGCGUGUUCGCGGACGACGACGUGCGGCACAUCCUCCUCCUCAUCGACCCCGGCGUCUUCAAGGAGCAUAGAGACGAGGAGGAGGAGGAGGUGGCGGGUGGCGACGGGGUCGGGGGCGGGAGCCCGGCGAAGGAGUUGCUGGCGCUGGAAGGCGCCGGGGAUGAGGAGGAGAAGGACGAUUUUUAUGACGACGACGAGGAGGACGAGGAGGGGGAUGAAUACGACGAAGAGGAGGACGAGGAAGGGGAUGAGAAUGUGGAGAUGGUCGAGGGAGAGGCGGAGCAUGCCGCGUCCAAAGCGAAGAGGAGGAGGGCAUUGAGGAAGAGACGCGGACACGGCGGCGUGGACGACGAGGUGGAGAAGGAGAGCGGGCGGGAGAAGGAGGCAGACGAUGCGGAGAGGAAGGAGAAGGCCGCGGGCGACGGCGACGGGGAAGGGGAGGAGGAGGUGAUCGCUGGCGAGGGCCUGCUCUACAUGAAGCUCGUGGAACCGGUGAAGUUGCAGAUGUGCCACCUUCUGGAGUACCUGUGCGAGUGCCAGCUGCGCCACCGCAUCGAGGCGAUCGUGGCGUUCUCGGACGCCUUCGUUGCCAAGGUCCAGGCGAACCAGAAGUUCCGCUACGACGAGGUCAUGCAGGCGCUCAACAUGUCGGCCGCGCACACCGCGCGCAAGACCAAGGAGUUCCGCUCGCCGCCGCAGGAACAGGUCAACAUGCUGGUCAGCUUCAAGAACAUUGCGGAGGAUGAGGAGAGCCCAUGUCCUGAUGAGGUUCAGGAGAAACUGGAGAAUUUCCAUCAUGAUCUGCUGCUGCAUUGCGGCUUUGAGCUUGAGGUGGAGGAGGAGGAGGAAGGGGAGGCUGACCCAUCGUGGCGCGGGAAGCUGAUGUCCCUGGUGGAGCGCGUGAAGAACCUGCGCAAGGCCAAGGAGGAGGAUAAGCCUCAAGACGAGGAGGAGAAGAAGCCGUCCACGCUGCACGAGCUCAUCUCGACGGUGAUGAUCCACUGGGCGCAGGAGUCGCGCGUGGCCGACCCCGAGCUGGUGCGCGCCAUGUUCGGCCUGCUCCACCGGCAGUAUGACGGCAUCGGCGAGCUGAUGCGCGCGUUGCCCAAGACGUACACCAUCAGCGACAACUCCAUCGAGGACACGCUCGACCUUCUCGCCUCGCUCGGGCAGAUCCGCUCGCUGCUGCGUGUGCGCAUGGGCAAGGAGGAGGAGCAGCUCAUGAUCCGCGGCAUUGGCAACAUCAUGAACAACAAGCUGUUCUACCAGCACCCAAACUUGAUGCGAGCCCUGGGGAUGCACGAGACGGUCAUGGAGGUGAUGGUGAACGUGCUGAGUGGAGGCGAGGGUCAGGAGAUCACCUUCCCUAAGAUGGUGGCGAACUGCUGUCGAUUCCUCUGCUACUUCUGCCGCAUCAGCCGGCAGAACCAGAAGUCCAUGUUUGAGCACCUGAGCUACCUGCUGGAGAAUAGCAGCUUCGGGCUGGGCAAUGGUGAGCCGCUCCCGACUUUCCUGUGCAGUGUGCUCAAGCAGUUGAUCUUCGCAAUGGGGGGAGCGAUAGUCCACUGA